AUGGAUUCAUCUUCAGGCUCCCUCGCAGCGGCGUCCCAGUUUGGCGGCAGCGAGGCCGCCCCAAAUGUCGGCGCGCAGCAUGCACAGGGUAUCAUUUCAAAUCACACAAGCGAGGCCGACAGCGUCGGCGGCCUCACAUCGCGCCCGCCCAGCAUGCCAGGUGGCGGCGUUGCGGCGACCAGCUCGACUGCGGCAGCAGCUGUGAUGCAGGGCUCUGUGCAAUCCGCAGACGCUGGCGUCGAGGCUGCGAAGGCGCGCCGGCGGCAGCAGCGUGCCGACGAGCUCCGGGCGGCCGCGCUCGCGCCCGUCGUGGAGCGCACGGCGCAGCAGUUGGACAGAGUGGUGGAGUUCCUCUCCUCAACACACAUGCUGCGCCACCUGCAGCCCACCAUCCUCAGAGCUUUGGGCCAGGCGAUGGAGGGCCGUGCCUAUGAGGCGGGCCAGGCGGUCUACAGCAUCGGCGACGCGCCCUCACACUUCUACGUCGUCGUUUCGGGGGAGGUCCGCAUGUGGGAGCUGGCGGUGCAGGCGGAUGAGGAGCCGGCGGCGGCUGCGGCGGCGGCGGCGGCUCCUACCGGCUCCCCUACGAGAGCUGGCGCGUCGAGGUUUGGGAGCGGCGCAGGCAGUCGCAGCGGCGCCGGCAGCAGGAGCGGCGCAAAGUCCCCGCCCGACGCGCGCGGCAGGAGUGACGGCGGCACCGCCGCCGCCGCCGCUGGCAGCAGCAGCAGCACCAGCGGCGCCGCCAGGGCCGCGAGCCGCGCCAGCGGUGGCGCCUCCGCUGCUGCAGCUGGCAGGAGCGUGAGCGGCGCCGGGGGCUCGACGGACGGCGGGCGCACGGGAUCUGCGUCGUCCUCGUUGUCCGGUUCCCCAACACUGGUUGAGGUCAGGCGCCUGGGUCCCAGGGAAUCCUUUGGAGAGGACGACCUGGCAGCCGCCACCAGCAGGCAGCAGACCGCGCGCGCUACCGGCGGCGCCGGGGGUGGCAGGGGGCCGCCAAAAGCGGCCCUGCGGCCGGCGGCGGCGCCCGGGCGGCUGGGGCCGGCCGGGGGUGCUGUGGUGCUUAUGCUGGGGGAGGAGGAGUACUCGCGGAUCCUUCAGGGGCGCAUGAGCAAGAUGCAGGAGGACAAGGUGGACUUUCUUGAGUCCCUGCCUGCACUGCAGGGCCUCAGCCGCGCGUUCCUGCAGGGCCUCGCCCACUGCUUCCACCAGACGGAGUUUGAGCCGCGGGAGGUGGUUGUGCGCCAGGGUGACGCUGCAGACAGCAUGUACGUGCUGCGAAGCGGCCAGGUGUGCGUGCUGAUUGACCCCAACUACACCACAGCCGCAGCCGCCGCGGAGGCCCCCGAGGAGCUGGAGGGCCUCCUGCCAGAGCAGGACCUGCGGCGCCUCGUGCAGGCGGGUGCAACGCAACAACGUUUCUGA